AUCAAUGAUCAAACUAAUGUCAGUGUGUCUCUGACUUUAUUAUGACUGUAUGUAGGUAUCUGACGAGGCGAUGCAGUUGAUUUGCGAAUACUAGCUUUCCUUGACCACGUCAUUCAGUCUUCGAUGUGCGUUGCGCUAACAUACGUGUUAAAAUGGUACAUAGAACCAUAGUAUUAUUAGUUUUAAUUACCAUCACAUGGCAAAUUAAUUUCGAUAGAACUAUCAUAGCCGUGCAUUUUCCUCAUUAUAAAAUUCUGCUGUCCCUUGGAGAUUGCAAAAAACGAGUGCUGUAUUCUGAACAACAAAUCUGGGCCACUGUCAAAUUGAACAGAGUUUUGGACAUAUACUACCUAAGCAACGAUAGUUCCCUGGUUUCUAGAGUAGAAAUAAAUUUGAUACUCAACAAUACUGAAUUUAUAGCAUUAGCCUACAAUGAUGUAGGAUUGAAAGAAUUUAGCGCCAAUAUUUUAUUUCCAAUACAUAGCAGUGCAACUUUUUAUAGUCUAGAAAUAUUUACUUGCUCUGGGUUUAAACAUAUAGACAAUGGUAAAGAAGACUUAGAAGCACAGGACGAGAAAAUGGAAGAUAUUGAUAGCUUGAUAAUACCGUUCUACGUCAAGAAAACGCCUGGCCUGUGAGGGCAGUUAGGCCUCGUCCUGAAAAACAUUAUACAAUACAUGUCAUUCAGUCUUGCACGAAUCAAAUGGAAGUGAGACAGACAGUUUGCAUUUUUUCUGUAGACAAGUUUAGCAUUUUUGAAUGUCACGCCCUGUCGCGCCUAUGGAGAUUAUAGGUACCCUUAUCCCGUAUGUACCUGCGAUUGCAGCGCGACCUAUCUUUUCUUUUAUAUGUGCACAUUGGAUACUUAAAUCUUUCGCUCCUUAGCUAUAAUCUCCUUAGUCGCGCCUUUUCUACAGAUAAGUUGAGUAUGUUGCAUCAUAAAAUAAAGUAUAUCAAGCUUUCACUAGAUCAUCACUAGAAUAAAGCGGCAAAUUUAGAAAAUGUAGGUUGGCAAUCGUUUCAUAGAAAAUUUGAAUUUCGCGCCUAAUUCUAGUGAUACACUUGUCUAACCGGCUAUAACAUAAUAUAUGGAAUAUAAGGAUAAAUUGUGUUUACUAGACUAUAUUUCUACAAGUUCUUAUUUAUUGUAUGUCUCCAACGUUUUAACCAGUGUCUUAAACAGCACUAUGAAAAUUGUCAAGUGUCAAUUUGUCAAAACCCAAAAAAAUAAAUUUUGUAGUUUACUCGUAUUUACUGGUGUUUUAUUGUGCAUAAUAUUACGCGCAAAUGAGUUUUUAGCUUUCGCAAUAAUUAAUCAUUAAAAGCAGAAUGUAACAGCCUACAAGUUCUUUUUUUUAUUGUUAACUCAUUUUAGAAGAGUGAAUCGGAACGUUAUGUUUAUUUACGUUCUCAAGACAAUCACACGCAAAAUCACAAUAGUCAUUACGCACAAAAGUUCAUUGAGCGAAAAUUCGUAGUGUGAUGUACAUACCGAAGCCCUAAAGAUGCGGUGGUAUCUGCCGGGGACUGAAAGCAUAAAGAAGAGGGCCUGCAGAUAUCUGCUACAGCGUUAUUUGGGCAAUUUUCUGGAAGAAAAACUAACUCUUGAUCAGCUGAGUGUCGAUCUAUACAAUGGUACAGGAACCGUGUGCGACGUUAGCCUUGACUGCGAGGCAAUCAAUGAGCUGGGCGACUCACAAAAUUGGCCCCUUGAAAUUGUUGAUGGCCAGAUGCAAAAGAUAACUGUGACAAUUCCAUGGUCGACAUUACUCACUGAUGACUCCAUUGUUGAGGUCAAUGGCUUGUCACUCACAGUGCAACCGAAAGUGCCUGCGGAGCCAGCAUCCACAAUGCUGGAGUCCAUGUGGUCCUCCAUGUCCUCGUCCAUGCAGCUGGCUGAAGAAUGUCUCCGCAAGGAGGCGGCUCCCACGGAAACCAACCCUGUUGAAGGAAUAGAGAUGUUCGCUCAUGCCAUAGAUUCAAUUUUGAGUCGCGUAAAAAUCCGUUUUGUCAACACGAAGAUAAGAUUAGAACAUGUUCCCAAGAACGGAAAUAGAGGAAUUGCCAUAGAAAUACACAUAGAGAAGAUCGACUACUAUGACGAAGCAGGAAAUGAGCCCACUCCAGAAGUAACUGACCCAGAAAAAACGAAAACCUACAUUGUAGCCACAUACUCAAACAAAAAAAUCAAAUUCGAAGGUGUCACGCUAUACACGGACGAAUUCCCGUCCAAACUACGAACAAUGGCCAGGAGCCUUGUUCUAGAAAAAUCUGUCUCCUCACAAGCAGAUAAGGCUGAAAGCCAAGCAGAAGCUAUGGACCCGAACCAAAGCGUGAUCUCAGAUGUUUUCUACGAAACUAGAAGCGUCAUAUCCACUAUAGACACGGAUCCUAUCAAAGAACUAAUAGAAGAAGUGACAACUCAUCCGGAACUGUCUAGGGAAGCUACGCCAGAAGAGAGGGCUAACCAACCAGAACCUAUAUUAUUCGCUAAAUUGACCGGUCAACAAGAAUUAUCUCUAAAAAUGAAGCAUUCAGAGGAAGUGGAAGGGCCUAUGGUGGAACUCAAGAUGUUGUUAGGAUCUUUUAUUGUUUUUAUAUCUCCUAGGCAGCUGCAUACGUUGAUAGAACUAGUCAAUGCACUGAAUCAACCAGAUUUAGAAGAUAGAAGUAAUGUGCCACUCCGACCAAGUGGCAGUAACUUGCAGUGCAAGCCGAUGCGGCCGGCUGACUUCCAGCUGAUAGAAGCUCAGCUGCUGGGUAACUUUGAGAAGGACAACGUCAAGCCGAGAAGUGGCAUGUACGGCUGGUCUGGACCUAGCUUCGAAGAAAGUGAUCCAGAAGGUGACAACUUCCAUCCCAUGACGUCACCCGGCCAAAUGGCCGAGAGUUUCUCGUCUUCAGUAAGCUCUAUGAGCGCAAGUAUGACGUCCAGCGUCAACAUCCCUACGGUGCAGCCACGAAUUAAGAGGAACAAGAAAGUGCCACACAUUGAUGGUGAUCCAACAGCCGAAGUGUCACACAUGAGUUUUAGGGUUGCCUCGCUGUCCUGUGUACUUUUACACAAGGAUAUACUAGUCCCAGCUCCACUAGGUUCUGACUGUAUAUCUCCGGUCAGCGCGAGCAAAAUGCAAGAGAUAUCAAAUAAGUUCUUCGAGACUUUACAAGAUAUCCCUGUGACCAAUAAGGCCAUUCAAGAUGCUGCUGGCAGAAAUCAUUUAAGGCUCAUGGCCUCAGAGAUGACUUUAGACGGAAGCGAAAAGGUCACGACGCGAGGCAGUCAAACUGUGUGCGAAGCGGCUAUACACCAACUAUUGAUACAAGAAUGCCUGUAUUACCAGCCAGAAGGUGGGACUACGGAGUCGGAGUGCUUUAACCUGCUGAGGUUUGAAGCUAAAGACGAUGAAGACGCCAAAGCGCCGCCGAGGCCCAACAUCAGGAUCAACCUGAAACAGACCUCCAAAUACACGAGGGUCGCUGGAGAAAAGAAGCUCGUCUAUCCCACCACCGAUGUCGUAGUAAAAUGUCUGCCAUGCUACAUAGACGUGGAACUGACGAUUAUAGAACGAAUGUCGGCGACGUUCUUCAACGGACCCUCAAAUACCACUUCACCACCGCCGAACAACGUGCAGAAUCAGUUUAACUGCACUCUUCACUGCCCGGACCUUAGCGCUACAUUAAGGUUCCCAAUAGUAGACCUGCGGCCCGGCGUCAGCCGCGAAGUUCGCCGCGUGCGACCAGACUUCCUCGUAUUCAAGUUCCAGAAAGUGAACAUAAACUCGCAGCAAACGCCGAGCGGUCGCCCGCAGCCGACCGCUGUCACUGUUAAAGCUACGAGCCUAGAUCUGUACUAUCAUGAAAACGAAACAUCUUCAGGCACUCACAUAGCCAAAACUACUAUGGAUGACGCAUUUGCUGGAGAUGUCCUAAAAGGCGAUAUCACAGCGCCAUUGCCCAUGAUCACCCUAACUUUUAAACCAAGUAAAGCGCCAAAGGGUCCAUUCGACUCGCUCCACGAAGAGCCAGCGUUCGAGCCUGUUAGCUCCAACCCUAUGACCACUUCCAUGUACAUCAUGAACAACUUGCACAGCUCGCAGCCGAGCCCGUUUAGCGCUAAGAAGACUGCCCAUCAGAGCUUUACGAAACACGAGGGUAGUCCGCACGGUCAAGAUGAAGAAUUAAUAGUUCCCGGAAAUGAGGAGGAGAUGAAUGAAUUCAGUAACAGUGCCGUAGAACACUCUUCCAUCCAUCUGGACUUCAAUCUGCCCAUACUCAGUCUACAACUCGAGUCAAAGCAGCUGUACGAGAUAAUUUACAACCGGAUCAACUCUGAUCUGUUGUUGUGGGAGCCUCAGAUCAUAGAUCCGUUUGAGAUCAGUCCUCUUAUGUACGGGACUAUAUACCCAGCUUUCGGGAUGUGCAAAGGAUCUGGAUAUGAAUCUGACUCUGGCAGCUCAUCGUCUGAAGAAGAAAACUUAUACUAUUCAACUUACGACAGCAAACUAAAGAAGGGUCUUGGCGUUAACAAGCCCAGUCUGUACGAAAAGAAGGAGACGCACAACUUCUGUCUCACUUUCAACGUCGGGAAAGGACUGCUUACUAUUUACGCUCCAGUGCGGGAUGCCAAUAAACGGGUAGUCCCUGGUCAGAUGGGUGAAUUGGUACUUGAAGCCCACAAGCUGACCAUGUGCGAAGUGAGCGGCCUCAAUGGACAGCCCAAAUCUGCUCAGCUGUGCUUGCGCGCUGGGAAGGUUACACUCUAUCACGAAGCUCUCUUGACAAUCCCGUCUGAAAAGCCAGGCCACAGAGUAUACGGCAAGGCACUGCCUCCACACCUCAAGAGCACCAUCUACCCGUCCGGCAAGGGAGUCAUCAUCAAAGACCGGCAUCCGAAUAAGGACAUGUUCUCUAUGGCGCUCAAGGUGGAGCCUGAUUCUGAAACACCUGGAUUGAAGACGAUCUGCAUAGCCUUGGGCUUAGAGCAAGCGACAUUACGUCACCGAGGCGACAAAGGGAUAGCAUGGCUGUCCCAGCUGAUGGAUGUCCUCGAUGUAUUGGACUAUCCCGUGCCUGGAUACACGCCAGCCACUGUUCUGUCAGAGCUACACGUGCACAUAUCUGACUGCGCUGUGGACUACAGACCACUCUACCUGCCAAUCCGCACCGUUGUGACCCUCGGCAACUUCAGCGUAUCAAGCAACAUAAUCCCCGAAACGAACACAUCUAGUUUACGCUUCCUCGCUCAAGAAUGCACCCUGUUCCUGGCUCACGUGAACGUCAAACCUAAUACUCAUAUACCGCAAGACGAUGACAAGUUACCUGAUAUACAUAAAGACUACGUUUGUGUGGUCGAUGUUGGACUGUUUGAGCUGUCUUUGAGGAUGGAGGAUAAAGUCAACAGUUCCAAAGAACAACCUCAAGUUGACCUCAGCGCAUCGAACAACAUGGUUACCCUAUACACUUGCUGGGACUCUGCCUCAGCGCUGUGUCGGCUGCUGACGUACGCGGCGGCCGACGGCGACUCGCAGCCGCCUUUCGACCGCUCCUCGAGACACACCAGCAUCUGCUCCGACCAGCCCGAGCCUCUAGUCGGACUAGAAGAUAGACCGAUAGAAGAAAUCCGAGAACUGUCGCCGAGCGAAAUACAACAGGUCAACGAUAUGAUGGCAGAAGCGAUGAAAGAAAGUCCAAACGAUACGCUCGAUGACGACGAGCUCCACAGUUCAACAGAGAAAGAAGGCGUCGAGAUAUUCUUCUUCCCGGACGAGUCCAACUCCAAACGGCCCUUGGACCUUCUAGAAGAAUGUGAUGCCAAGUCUUUAGACUCUGAAGAUUUCCGACCAGUGGAGGAAGCGCAAGAAGCUAAACCGACUAUUGUGCAAGUAGCUAAAGAGUUGGGCGACCCGACUUCCACGCCUAAAACUACACCAAAGAAACCUAAACGGAAAAAGGUGAAAUCCGGCGGCGACGGCAGCAACACCGACGACGAAUACUGCAUCAUCGAAUCUCAGCCGUACUGCGAGGACAAUGAUCUGGACGAGCCGGUCGUCAACUGGAUCGGCCCCGGACAAGUGUACAUGUUCGAGAACCACUUCACCGUCCCUGCGGCCCGUAGCGACGUGCUGAAGGCGCCUAAGAGCUUCCCGCUACCCGUUUUAAGAUAUACGCUAUGCGAGAUGAGCGUGACUUGGAACAUGUUCGGUGGAAGCGACUUCAAAACUACCGGCGACCCACCGCCCUCCAAAAAGACGGUCACCAUUGAUGACGCCAAGCAGGGAUCACCAACGCCUUCCAAGCGCACUAAAGACUAUGAACCGUACGAGGCCGGGCGUGCAAUCACGGCCGCUUACCGCCAAGGAGUCAGUUGGUCGUCAGGUUCAGAACGAGUGUUACCACGCAUAAGCAUGCCCCAGAAACGGAAAGAACUCAAGACGAGGGGCGGCAGACAUAGGGACCACCAUACUUGUGUCAAACUGUGUCUUACCAAGGUCAAAUUCCAACACGAAACAUACCCCAGCAGUGGCACACACGCGUCGCGACAAACACUAGCCAUUAGCAAGAUCGAAGUGCUCGACAGAUUAGUCUGCAGCGACAUCAACAAGCUGCUUAGCCAAUACAAGCUCAAGGACGAACCGGAGCGAAGCAACGCGCAUAUGUUGGUGAUAAAGGCUGUGCACAUGAGACCAGACCCAGCGUUAUCAGCGCACGAGUGCUGUCUCAAAGUAUCACUGCUGCCGCUACGAUUUAACCUGGAUCAAGACACGCUGGCUUUCCUCGUCGGAUUCUUCUCGAAACUUGGCACGGAUGAAAACAAUGAUGACGACACAAAGAGCAUAAGCGGCCUAUCAACAGACUCGAGUAGCUCACGGCAGACCACACCAACACACCGACCUCCAGUGAUGAGCAUAGCCAGCCACUUAAAGGACCCGCCACCAACACCGACUUCAUUAGGAGACGCUGAUGCUUUGAGCCUCAACGAGACUGUGAUCCGAGACGACGAACCUCUCAUGGAGCCGUACGAAGCCGAGCGCCUUGUCUCCGAAAACCUUAUACAACUGGAAGAGGACUUUAACCGACUGGGCGUCAGUCAGGAGAACCCCACCACUAAAGUGGCCGUGGAUCUGGAGCCGGUUGACGACUCGCCGAUUUACUUCAGGAGAGUAGUGUUCUCACCCGAGGUCCCGAUCCGGUUAGACUACGUCGGCAAGCGCGUGGACCUGUCCGCGGGGCCGGUGGCCGGGCUGCUCAUGGGGCUGGGGCAACUCAACUGUUCCGAGCUCACACUCAAGAGGCUCGACUACAAACUUGGGUUGCUUGGCCUUGAGAAGCUAGUACAAUGGGCCUUACACGAGUGGCUGUCAGAUAUCAAGCGGCACCAACUCCCCGGCCUACUGGGCGGCAUUGGGCCCAUGCACUCGCUGCUGCAGUUAAUAACCGGUAUUCGCGACUUGGUGUGGCUGCCCGUGGAGCAGUGGCGGCGCGACGGGCGCCUCGUGCACGGGCUGCGGCGCGGCGCCGCGUCCUUCACCGCGCGCACCGCCGUCGCCGCGCUCGACAUCACCACCAGGCUGCUGCAGCUCAUUCAGGCGACGGCGGAAACAGCUUUCGACCUGUUAACGCCAGCGCCGACGCUACAACUCGCGCCGGCGUAUGAGCGGCGUGAGCGACGGCGCCGUCGACGCCGAGAUCCCGCGCGGUUACCGCAGGACAUCCGCCAGGGCGUGGCCACCGCAUAUCACACCGUCAAGGAGGGCUUCGCAGAAACAGCAGCGACCAUGGCGCUAGCCGCGCGCUGCGAGAGCGGCGUGGGCGUGUUGCGGCACCUGCCCGGCGCCGCCGUGGCGCCGCUGGCGCUGGCGGCCGGCGGCGCCGCCGACGUGCUGGGCGGCGUGCGCGCCUCGCUCGCGCCGCACGCGCGGAAGGACAGCGCCGACAAGUGGCGCGCGCACUGACACCAGAACCACGAUGUCACACACGAUGAGUAGCUUCAAUGAAGAUAAAAUUCAGCUAAACCUUAUACUGGUAAACUACAGUGCAGAAACUCUAACAAUAUGCUCAUUUUUAUUUACAAUCAACAUAAUAUCACACCCAUUUGUGUUCAAAAUUCUAAACAUUUUAAACGUUCCUACCAUUCGCCUCCUUUCAUAAUGUUGUAUGUAACGUUUCAAGCACUCUUAAAAGGGUGGAUAAAUUAAUUUUAAACAAUUCAAGGUACUACUAUUAAUUAUUGUAAAAAAAUCACCAAAAAACAAAGUUUUGAUACGAUGUAUUUUUGUAGUCAUUAUCAUUCAUUUGUGAUUAAUGGAAAUACUAUUAUUAUGUCAAGUUUUUACUGGACUUACUAAACGAACACAUAAACGAUGUAUACUCGUAGUUGUAGACAACAUCGUCAACCUGAUUGGUGUAAAAUACAGCCAUACUAUACAUUGUACUAUUGUCGUUCUCAUUAAAUCGAAUAUAUUAGAAACACAUAUGCUCUACUUAGGUCUUGCAUGAAAACCGCUUUUUGUGUUUUUAGCGUUCUGUCUAAGACUUCGGUUUUACUGACACGAAGAACAAUAAACUGAGACUCCCAAGGUCUCGACUUUGUUUUCUUGUUCAUCCCUUUUCCGCUCUGUGACAGUAAAACCGUAGCCUAAAGAUAGCAGCUUAAAAUUCGUAGCUUAGUAUUUGUAGAUUAAACAUGCGCAACUUGUGCAAGAACACAUUUAAAUUAUACUAUUGAUAGUAAUCUUCCCUACAUUUAGUUUUCAAAUUUUUAGAUGUAAACAUUUUCAAAUAUAUGGUGCUUAAUCUUAGUAGUAGUAGCAUUUAGAGCAUUUAGAUGCUUUUAUGUUUUUAUUUUAAUUUGUUGAUGUAAAUAUUUUUCAAAUUUUUGGAACUGCAGUUCGACCGUCAUAAAGAAAAUUAUAUGUAUAAAUAGUUAAUAUAAUUUUCGUUAUGGCGACAGGAUUUGGUGCCAUGACAUGAUGUUGUAAAUACAAGCGCGUAGAAAUUUUGAUUUUAAAUUACAAGUUAGUGUCGAUUUUUAAGUAAAAAAAACUUUGAUAUUCGUCCCAUUCGGCAGAAAAAAAACUAGGUAAGCUAGUGACAUUAACGUUCCAAGAAAUUAAAUAAAGACCAAUCGAACAUGCUGUUCUUUUUCAAAUCUACACUAUUAGGUACAAAGAGGACCCUAGGCUCCCAUGAGCCGUGGCAAAUGCCGGGAUAUCGCAAGGAGGAUGAUGAUGAUGAUGAUGAUACUAAUAUGUACCAAGGUUUUUUUCUGUCAUAUAGGACUAUGAUAUUUUUAGCCAAGUUUUUAUGAUGAUUCUAAACUUUUGUACUCAUAGAAGAUAAUGUUCUAUUUCAGUAGUUAUCUAACGCGCUUGCAUUUUACAAACCUAUAAGAAUUAUACAUUAUUGUAUCUUAGUUAUGUGAUAUAAAACUUGUAAAAUUACCGAAAUUGCAAACUCAAUCAAAUGCGACUGGCUUAUUAUGGCGUAAAAGUAGUCAAACCAAGCUAAGUUGACAACGAAAUUGAUGCCACAGAAUGCGCAAGGGAUAUUUUAAACGUGUAACUUAUAUGAAAUUAUAUGACGUUUAGAUAAUUCGUGUAUUGUCCUAUCAAAAUCGUUGCACACUUAAGUUGGUCUGAUUCUAAACAUGUUCGCGUCAAAAAUGCCAUUAAUAUCAUCAUUGUCCAUCUAGUGAAAUUCGUAUCCAAUUAAAUUGUUCUUAUUGGUUACUAGAAUUUUUUUUAAGUAGGAAUUAUUUCUAGGAAUUAUUUGAUUGGUUAGGGGCGGGGGGCGGGGCCAGACUGGAGGACUAUGCAUUUUUAACGCGAAAGAACUAUAUUAUCCUGUACAACAUUUUCAAAUAUUAGGCAUGUAUUAUACACCUUAAAUAACUUCGAGUUUAUAUUGUAACAUCCCUUUAAACGUUACCUAUAAUAAAAUGUAUCCACAUCUCUCUCAUGGAUUGAGUAAUGAGUAUCAUUUGCAUAAAACAAACUACUCAAUCAUUGCUGAAAAAAGUUUAUCGGGAUGGUAUAAUGCAAACUGACAUUUUUAUCAAACUGACAAAUAGUUGUGGUUCAUGGAGCUAAUAGCAACAUACAAUAUCUGUCACAACUUAGGUAUUUUUAUUUUAAUUACCUUAAGAUGUGGAGCAGAUUGCCCUGAGGUAGGUUAAACUAGAUUUAUUUUAAUGCACGAAAAGGACCGAUGUUGCCACUAGAACCGUAAUACGACGAGUUGGACAAUCAUACAAGCCAGAAAAUGUUUUUAAAAAAUUGCAUGUAGAGCGCCACCUGCCAAUUUGCUCCGCAUUGGCUGUCUGAGAAUAUGUAGAGUAAGAAUUUCACCAUCAUCAUUUGUUGACCUCUUGGGGUGAUCUGCUUGACAUUGUUUAAAGUUUAGAUUUUAUAAUGAAUUCAUAGAUUCUUAGUUCUUGUGACAUUUAUAAACGUGUGAUCCUCUGGUAGAAAACUAAGAUUUUAUUCCAAUAGAAAUAUUUUAUUUUGUUUUUAUCCUCAAUUGACAGAUUUCAAGUUUUAUGUUAGAUUAUUCAUCAAGUCAGUCUUUAUAGAGAAUAAAUAAAAUUGACACUUUA